AUGUCUGAUCUGAUGAAAGUCAAAACUGAGUGCACCGAAACAGAAUCCAAUUUUCACUACCAGAUACAUGCGCAAAUUUAUGACAGUGGAAUAUUUAAGCUUGCAAUGACUGUGUGGUGCGUGCUGCUGACUAUCCUUGCUAUGAAAUUUGGGCUACUUGAGGAGUUCACAACCAAGUUUAUCUACAUUCCAGGCGAAUGGGUCGACGACUUGCGGAUGAAAUCACAGACUGAACUGAAAGAGUGUUCAUCCGAGAUUCAAAUCACACGAAAUGAUGUCAUCGCUGCAUGGUAUCUUAAAUCCGUCUAUUCCCCUCAACCUCCAUCUAUGUUGCCUAAUCCAGUGGACUACUUUGGGAUUAUCAACUUUCGCCGCUUUCUUGAGCCCCCGAAGGCUGGGACAUACUACAUUCGUUGUAGUGUUGGCGCUCUUCGGUGUAAAUUCUCUACUCAGCAGCUGAAAGAAGAGUCGGUUGCCGAGAUUGCACGAGAUAUACGCCUCACAACACUGCAAUAUACAUCUCCGAUAUCUGUCCAGCAGAGCCUUCGAUUCUCCGAAGAUCAUACAUCCAAGACUCUCACCUUAGCGCUACGUGGCACUGUAAAUCUAGGCUUUGCUGUGGUAUCCCACUGGACAACAUUCGAUUAUACAGGCCUUGAUUUCUCCGGUGCUAGUCUCCAUGAGCAAAAAACGUCAGUCAUAUUUGUCAGCCCUAUGAUUGUAAACACAUGGAACAUCACAAUAGCGCCUGUGGCUGUCGUGACGAAGAAUGGGUCUGGGGGCUACUGGAUUCGGGCUACGAAUACAUCAACUGGCUGGGAACGGUUCAGCCAAUCUAACAGCAUGGAAAGUCUGUUUCCUACACAGUGA